ACAGACAUACGCUUUAAAUAAGCAUGGCCAAUGUGUGUAUGGAGUACCUUAUCAUAUUAUUUGUUAUAAUUGGAUCUUUAAACAAUGUUUGCUCUGAACAGUGGUCAUAUUUCCAUGAUGGUUGUCAGACGCCGUACGGAAGAAUUGGUUUGCUGUACAAUCUAUUUCUGUCACACUGCACAGCCGAGUGCAACGCUAAUACAAAAUGCACGGUGUUCGGAUAUUCAUCUUCGGACAAAAUGUGCUUGCUGUUCGACGAAACGUUUUCCAUAGCCAACAGUGAAUGUUCGUUAAAGACGGUCAUGUUCUAUAAAGUCGGCAAUUUCUCCGGAGGUCCUAAACCCGCUGACUGUGGUAAUGCAACUGAUUAUACCUACGUGACGUCAUUAAAUAAAUGUAUACGCUACAAAUCCUCAAACAGACUCUCAUGGAACGAUGCGAAGGAAGAUUGUGAAAAGGAAGGGACUCAUCUCAUUUACGUGAAAACAAAGGCGGUACUCGAUUACAUCCAGGGCUUUCUAGAAACAGUUAACUCAAAAUACUGGAUUGGCGGUAAGCAGUCGGCGGUUGGUUCAAAUAAAUUUGAGUGGUUGUCUGGGGAAACAAUAGAUGUGUCAAAUGGAGGUAAUCUCUGGCUAGAAGGACGACCAGCGGUGGACAGUCCAACUGAUAAUUAUUGUAUUGAGACAAAAACUUCAAGUGAUAGAAAGUCAUUCGGACUUUAUGAAAAGCCAUGUACACAUAGUCAUAGGUUUUUCUGCGAGUUAGACAUUCUGUAAAAGAUUUUUUUAUUUAAAUA